AUGGCUCAAUGGUUGGGAACCAUCCUGGUGACUGAGUCACAGGUGCCCGAGUCACAGCCCCCCCCACCAGUGAAAAAGCCACCCCCUGACAAAGAGCUGCAAGCAAUAAAGAUCCAGGCCUGGUGGCGGGGCGCCCUGGUGCGCAGGACGCUGCUGCACGCGGCGCUCAGGGCGUGUAUCAUUCAGUGGUGGUGGAAGCAGAAGCUGGCAGAGCUGCUGGAGAAGAGGCGGCGGGCUGCACUGGAGCAGUAUGCACAGCAAAUAUGGGCAGUGGUCAAACUACAGUCCUUGGUCCGCAUGUGGCGCAUCCGCCUCCGUUACUGCCGUUUGCUCAAUGCUGUUCGCAUCAUCCAGGUCUACUGGCGCUGGCAUAAUUGCCAUACCCGUGGCUUUUUCCAGGGCAGCUAUGAACUCACAGCGAGCCAGCUGGAACUUGAGCUUGAGAUCUUUCUGGGUUCACAGAUCUGUCGAAUUACAGACUGCAUCCCUUUCCCAAUAAAGAACUGA